UUCUCUGAAAUUGCCAAUAAACCUUCCAAGAUCACGGUGAUUUGGGCAGAAGUCUGACAGUGUAGACAAGUGUGCAUUCGUGAGGUGUUUCAGCAAACAGCGAAAAUGCGAAGCGUAGCUUUGUUUACGAUAUUUUCAGCCGCACUGUUAAUACAUUCAAUCGACGGUACUGUGUUUUUCAAAGAGCAGUUUCUUGAUGGAGAUGCCUGGAAGAGCCGCUGGGUAAACUCUGAGCACAAGUCAGACUAUGGUCAAUUUAAGCUAACUUCUGGAAACUUCUAUGGAGAUGUAGAGAAAGACAAAGGGCUGCAGACCAGCCAGGACGCACGCUUCUAUGCUCUGUCUGCCCGCUUUGAGCCCUUUAGCAAUGAGGGGAAAUCCUUGGUUAUUCAGUUUACAGUCAAACAUGAACAGAAGAUUGACUGUGGUGGCGGAUACGUCAAGGUCUUCCCUUCUGAUCUCAAUCAAGCUGACAUGCAUGGAGACUCACAGUACUACAUCAUGUUUGGACCUGAUAUCUGUGGAUACAGCACCAAGAAAGUCCAUGUCAUCUUCAACUACAAAGGCAAGAAUCACCUCAUCAAAAAGGAGAUCAAGUGCAAAGACGAUGAGCUGACUCACCUGUACACACUGAUUCUGAACCCUGAUCAGACCUAUGAGGUUAAGAUUGACAACGAGAAGGUGGAAUCUGGAUCCUUUGAGGACGACUGGGAUUUCUUGCCACCUAAAAAGAUCAAGGACCCCAAUGCUAAGAAGCCAGAGGACUGGGAUGACCGUGCUAAGAUCGACGAUGCCGAGGACACUAAGCCAGAGGACUGGGACAAACCUGAGAACAUUCCUGAUCCAGAUGCUAAGAAGCCAGAUGACUGGGAUGAGGAUAUGGAUGGAGAAUGGGAGCCCCCUAUGAUUCCAAACCCAGAUUAUAAGGGAGAGUGGAAACCCAAGCAGAUUGAUAACCCCAAUUACAAAGGUGCUUGGGUCCACCCUGAAAUUGAUAACCCUGAGUACAGUCCUGAUUCUAACAUCUAUAAGUUUGACAGUAUUGGAGUGAUCGGACUGGAUCUCUGGCAGGUCAAGUCUGGCACUAUUUUCGACAACUUCCUUAUAUCUGAUGAUGUGAAAGAAGCAGAAGACUUUGGGAAUGAAACUUGGGGAGUUACCAAGGGACCCGAAAAGAAGAUGAAGGAGGAGCAGGAUGAGAAGAAAAGGAAAGAGGAGGAAGAGAAAAACAAAGAGCAGGACACUGAAUCGGACGACGAUGAGGAUGAGGAGGAGGAAGAAGAGGGAGGACAGGAAGAGGAGGAGGAAGAGGACAGUGAAGAGCCUCCUAAAGAGGACGAUGAAGAUGAUGAUGCACACGAUGAACUCUAAACCAGGAUGGAGGGUCUCUCUCCACAAUGCACAUUCAGUGGUUUCCAGGGAUAGGAGGGCGGGGCAUCAUUCUGAAGUGAUGUCAUUUGGAAUGUGACUCAGUCCCAGUCACUAUUACAUAUAUAUAAAUUUUUUUUUUUUUUUUUUUUUUUUUUACAGGGAUAGAGGGAGAGUGGUACAAUUAUUGACUUAAUGGAUAUUUCUGGGUUAAAAAUUUCCUGCAUUUCCCUCUCCCCAACCAUAUCAUGGCAUAAAUGUUCCACAACAAAACUGCCCCUUCAUAAACUCCUUAAAUAUAACCGAUCAUAAUUGUUCGUCGUAAAGAUUAGGCAUCUCCCCUCUGAAUGUUUUGGCUCCAGGGCCACACCGUCACUCUAAUAAGCAGUCAAAUGUCAUCCGAUUAACAGAGCUUUCCUUAAGUGUAGAAGGAAAAUGCACACACACACACGCACACAUUUUCUCACAAUAAAUCCACGGAUGUAUGAAACUUAUCCUUCUCUAUUGAAGUUACUGGAAAGGUUCUAGGCGUGAAUCUUUGAGCCCUCCUGUUGAAAUCUGUUGUCUUAAGAUCUUUAUCAUGGUACAAAUUGCAGUCAGACAGCGCUGAAAGAGCAUCAGGUCUUUUGAGCCUUUACAAACAGUGCUGUUGUUUGAUAGCGUGGUUUGCCGAGGACAGCUAUCAUUACCCUGAGAAAAGAAAAGACGAUAUUUCACAGUAUCUUGUGUUCCAUGCAGAUUUUGUUUUUACUGUUGUGCAUAUGGAAUUUUGAAUUACAUAAAUGUCUUUUGGCACUGAUUUUUUUUUUUUAAAGCAAUGUACGUUUUGAUUUUUAUCCCAAACAAUAUGUUCUCGUAUAUUCCAUCUAUAUUUAUUACAAUGCCUAGUUGUAUGUUUGGAAAUUGUGUAUAAAAUUCAUUAUCCUUUUUGCAGAAUAAGUACUUCACACAAAGUCCCACUCAUUAAUUCAUCUGUCUGUUUUCCUUUUCUACAAAGAUAUCUGACUGUUAUUUUUUUACUUGAAAUUAAAAACUGCCUUAUAGAGGGAACGGUAUCCUUUUUUACAGAAAUAUCUCGAAGCCAUGGUAGAACUGCAGUCUACUCUCAUCACUGUGAAAUGUUGUCCCUGUGUGUUGAAAGUAAUCAUAGAAUUUGUUGUACUGCAAGUCUUUUUGACCGAGCAGUCUUUCAUGUGUCAGUGUCGUAAACGAUGCCAAAGUUUUAAUAAAUGAAUUUAUUAA